AUGUUGAGAAACUACAGGAGUACACCACAUCGAAUAACGAAAGAAACCCCUGCCAAACUUCUGAUGAAUAGAGAAUUACGUACCAAGAUUCCAAGCAUCACUGGCAAGAAACAAAUUGAUGAUGACGAACUGCGGAAAACUGAUCGUAUGACGAAAGAGAAAUACAAGCAGUAUGCAGACACGAGGAGGAAAGCGAAAAAGAAAAAUCUAAAGCAAGGCGACUUUGUUUUGCUACAACAUAAGCAUAAGAACAAAUACUCAACUAAUUUUCGACUGGAUCCUCUGGAAGUUGUUCAAGUCAAAGGUUCUCAGAUUAUCAUGAAGGAUAACAGUGGAAAGACGUACCGUCGAAACUCCAGUCAUGUUAAGAAAUUUCUGAAACCAGAUGAAAGAAGAGGAAGUAAGCGUUGA